CCAUUGAGUGGUAAAUGGAUACGCACGAGCGCCGACUGAGUCAGAUGCAGUAAUUCUAUGCGUGUGUGAGUGUUUAAUAUAUAACCAAUUUCCCCAAGCUUGGGCGAACAGUGUCAUGUAAGCCGCUGGACAGUGAAGUCGACGGUAUCUAUUCAGUAUGUUGUUAUAUGUUUUGGUCGCUUUUGCACUAUUUUUGUGCAUCGUGCACUAUCUUAUCAAUGAAAAUGAAAAUGCGCAAAUUAUCAAGAAAAUACCUGGGCCAAAGGAUGUUUUCUUAAUUGGGAAUGCAUUAGAAGCUAUGGUUAAUCCUGUGGAACUCUUCGCACUGAGGAGGAAAUUCGCACAGAAACAUAAUGGAAUUUACAGAUUUUGGUCAUAUCCUCGAUCUGUGGUUAACAUAUAUACACCAGAAGAUAUUGAAGCAGUGAUAUCUUCACCUAAACAUAACAUGAAGGGCCCGAUGUAUAGUUUCCUCAAACCUUGGCUUUGGGAUGGUUUACUUCUGAGCUCUGGGUUAAAAUGGCAUCAACGAAGAAAAAUUCUAACGCCAGCUUUCCAUUUCAACAUUCUGCGACAGUUUCUAACUAUUAUGGAAGAAAAUUGUAGCAGGAUGCUUAACGCCUUGGAGGCCACUGAAGGAAAGGCCACUGACGUUAUAUCGCUUUUGUCUGAGUAUACACUUAAUUCUAUAUGUGAAACUGCAAUGGGUACACAGCUUUCCAAAGGAGAUACCAGUGCUGCUCGUUGUUACAAAGAUUCAAUUUAUAAACUAGGAAAACUGCUCAUACAAAGGAUCAGUAGAAUAUAUUAUAAUUUCGAUCUCAUUUACAACCUAUCUUCUUUGGGACGGGAACAAAAGGAAUGUUUAGACACGGUUCGCAACUUUACAGAAAAAGUAAUAGAAGAUAGGAAAAGAUACAUAAAAGACCAUGAAGGUACGGACAGUGAAGAAGUAAAGGCGGAAGAUGAUACUUUUAUGACUAAAAAAAAGAAAAAGGUCGCCAUGCUUGAUUUGUUGAUAUUAGCGAAAAAAGACGGUCAUAUUGAUGAUGUUGGUAUACAGGAAGAAGUGGAAACUUUUAUGUUUGAGGGUCAUGACACAACAGCUGGUGGUUUGACCUUCACCUUGCUAUUACUAGCUGAGCAUAAGCAGAUUCAGGACAAAGUGUACAAGGAGCAGGAAGUGAUAUUCGAAGGUUCACAGCGCCCUUCGGAAAUUGAAGACUUGUCUAAGAUGAAGUACCUUGAGUGUGUCAUCAAAGAGAGUCUCCGACUCUAUCCUCCCGUGCCGGUGAUUAGCCGCACCAUAGGGGAAACUCUCAAACUGAGCAAUUACACAAUCCCCAAAGGCACGAUGUGCAACAUCCACAUCUACGACCUGCACCGACGCGAGGUCCUCUUCAAUGACCCACUGAGGUUCGACCCUGACCGGUUCCUGCCAGAAAACAGCGUGGGCCGCCAUCCCUACGCCUACAUCCCCUUCAGUGCUGGCCCCAGAAAUUGCAUAGGACAAAAAUUCGCGAUGAUAGAAAUGAAAUCAGCGUUAUCAGGGAUCCUGCGAAGGUUCGAGCUGGAACCAGUGACUCGGCAGGCGGACGUGGUGAUUCCUGCCGACCUGGUGUUGAGGACCACUCAACCCGUGUACAUCAACUUUAAGAAACGACAUACUUCUUUAUAAUUAUAGAUAGACGACCUUGCGAACCUCCGUGACGUCACGCCCGUCCGCUAUCUGGAGGUCCUGGGUUCGAAUCCCAGCGCGGGCAAAUGUCCACAGAUAUUUGUCUACGGCUCUGAGUGUAUUGUGACCAUUUCUGUGUUUUUGUCAGUUGCAAUUGCGAUAUAUCGCAUUUAUAUGCAUAUAUAUUUAUAUAUAUAACUAUAGCUUAGCGUGGGCCGUUAAAUAUUGUUGUGGCCGUUGAAAGAAAGAAAACCUUAUUCCGAAUUGGAAAAGGAUAUUAUUAAGAUAUUAUUAGAUGAAUGAAAUAAAGUGAAAAUUAAGUUUUGUCAAUUUGUGUGUUUAGUAUGUAAUUUUAAGAGUAAGAUAAUAAUAAAUAACCUAGUUAUAAA